GGUUCCCGCAAUGCGUUACGAGGUUCAAGAAUCAGUGUAACUGAAGGUCAGCGGCGAAACAAGAUGCUGGCUGCUCGUGUUUUUAGAUCAACAGUGUGCUGUGUUGGGCCACAUGUUAGAAGAAGUAUUUCAUCAUGUUCAGUUUUAGCUCAAAAACAGACAUCUAGUGGUGAUCCAAAUGAUCUUAUACAGCAGCUAUUUAUUCAGAAAAUUAGGGAAUUUGAUAAGAAGACCAAAUCAGCAGGUGGUAAGAUGCCAGAUGUUGAUCCACAUGUACAGGCAAAUUUAGAUAAAGAAAUGAAGAAAGUCGCUACUCAGUUUGGAGUUGCUGAAGGAAAAGAAGCAGAAUUUUCCAAAUUCCCUGAGUUUAAGUUUGAAGCUGAGGAAUUACAAGUGUUUACUGAAGAACGUGGUGAUAUAACAAGAAUGUUGGUAGAACAGUGUCUUGCAACAGACGAAUCUGAAUUAGAAAAGAAUGAAGAAGAUCCAAAUGUUCCAUAUUUUGACAGAUAUGUUUAAAUGGACAUUAUUUAUUAAAUUUUGAUGUAACACAAUACACAAAUAUUUGAAUUAGUUUAAUAAGAAUUUUUUUCUGUAAAAAAAAAAUGAGUUUGAAUUAAUGAAUUGAGCCUUUGAACAUGUUGAAGGAGAGGUCAUGCAAGCAUGAUGAACAUUUAUUAAAAGUCAGUUAGUUGAUUGA